CAAAGUCUUGUUUGUUUAAAAAAGCAGAAAAUGAGGCAAAAACCCUCUUCUCCUUACAAAUAAUUAAAAUAAAAUUCUUCAUUACUACAUCACAGUUUUGAGUUUUUCAGUUUAUAAUUUGACAAUAUAACACCAUAAGAGACCACCCUAUUUGUCGGCUCUUCCCUCCUUCUUUCUCUCUCCUCCAAUUUUCUGUGUACUGUUGAAUAAUGUUCUCUUCUCUGCUUUUUUCAACACCAUCAACAAUGGAUGCCCUAGCUGUUACACCUCGCAUUCCUCUCUCUCCUCAUCACCACCGUCGGAUUUCCUCCCUUCCAAUUCCAGCCGUUCAUCUCCGACGCUACAAUCAACCUCUUCAUCUUCUCUCUCCUCGCCGCUCUCUCUCCUGCUCCGCUGUUUCUUCUCCUUCGCUUGUAAAGAAUUCGGCGGAAUUCAUUGAAGCUGCGAAAGACGGGAAUUUAAUUCCGUUAUAUCGAUGUAUUUUUUCCGAUCAUUUGACUCCGGUUUUGGCUUAUCGUUGUUUGGUGAAGGAGGAUGAUAGAGAAGCUCCUAGUUUUUUGUUCGAGGCUGUUGAACCUGGUUUUUUGAAUUCUCAUGUGGGACGAUACAGCAUUGUUGGGGCUCAGCCGAGCAUGGAAAUUGUGGCAAAAGAGAAUUUGGUGACAAUGAUGGACCACCAUGAAGGGAAGAGGACUGAGGAGUCUGUCGAAGAUCCAAUGGAUGUCCCAAGGAAGAUUAUGGAGCAAUGGAAGCCUCAGCUGAUUGAUGAGCUUCCUGAUGUCUUUUGUGGUGGAUGGGUUGGUUAUUUUUCAUACGACACGGUUCGUUAUGUGGAGAAGAAGAAGCUCCCAUUUUCAAGUGCACCUCAUGAUGACAGGAACCUUCCUGACAUGCAUCUAGGAUUAUAUGACAAUGUCAUUGUGUUUGAUCAUGUGGAGAAGAAAGCAUAUGUGAUACACUGGGUUCGUGUGGAUCGCUUUUCUUCUGCAGAGGAGGCUUAUAAAGAUGGAAUUAACCGCCUAGAGUAUUUGAUGUCAAGGGUGCAUGACAUAGUAACCCCAAGGCUGCCCUCUGGCUCCAUAAAAUUACAGACUCGCCUGUUUGGUAGUACACUCAAGACGUCAAAUAUGUCUUGUGAAGAAUACAAAGAAGCUGUUUUGCAAGCCAAGGAACAUAUCUUGGCUGGUGAUAUCUUUCAAAUAGUAUUAAGUCAACGUUUUGAGAGACGAACGUUUGCAGAUCCAUUUGAAGUAUACAGGGCAUUAAGAAUCGUUAACCCAAGUCCAUAUAUGGGAUAUCUACAGGCAAGAGGAUGUAUUUUGGUUGCCUCAAGCCCUGAGAUUUUGACUCGUGUCAAAAAAGGAAAGAUCACUAACAGACCUUUAGCUGGAACCAUCAGAAGAGGAAAAACACCAAAAGAAGAUUCCAUGCUGGAAAGUCAGCUUUUGAAUGAUCAAAAGCAAUGUGCUGAGCACAUAAUGUUGGUUGAUCUGGGGAGGAAUGAUGUUGGAAAGGUCUCUAAAUUUGGUUCUGUAAAUGUGGAAAAGCUUAUGAAUAUUGAGCGGUACUCCCACGUGAUGCAUAUCAGUUCUACAGUGACAGGGGAAAUGCUUGACGAUUUAAGUAGUUGGGAUGUUUUGCGUUCUGCCUUACCUGUUGGGACAGUUAGCGGAGCACCUAAGGUUAAAGCUAUGGAGUUGAUAGAUCAGCUUGAAGUCAAUAGACGAGGGCCAUAUAGUGGUGGAUUUGGUGGAAUCUCAUUCACUGGUGACAUGGACAUAGCUCUUGCUUUGAGAACUAUGGUGUUUUCAACUGCAAUGCGAUAUGAUACAAUGUAUUCAUACAAGGAUGCUCGAAGAAGAGAAUGGGUGGCCCACCUUCAAGCUGGGGCUGGCAUUGUGGCUGACAGUGACCCUGCAGAUGAACAAAGAGAGUGUGAAAACAAGGCUGCUGGCCUUGCUCGUGCAAUUGAUCUCGCUGAGUCAUCUUUCUUGGAGAGGGAAUAA